AUGUCUGAGGCGUCGGAUAAAACUCAACCGGGUUGGAGAAUUCCUCGGGCAUGUGAGGAAUGCCGCAAGCGUAAAAUCAGAUGCAAUGGCUUGACCCCAUGCAAAACUUGCCAAUUGCGCAAUACACCCUGUAUAUACAGAGACUACAUUCGCCAUCGGCGAAAGAAACAUGAGUAUGAAGAAGCCGGCGAGAGGAAUUCAGUUCGUCGGGGCUCUCCAGGUAGAGUCCCGCCUUCUGGGCAGCGCAGAGCCUCCGUCAUGAAUGACUUCCCAAAUAGUGUUUCUGCAACACAUAUGACGUCGCCGUCAUGUCAGAUGCAGCUAUACUAUGGCCCCACCUCUCAUUUCUCUCUUAUGCAACAUAUCUAUAGAGAUCUCAUCUCCAAUCCUACCUCUCAGCCGGAACCCUCUGGCGGGGUUGAGGAAGCUGGGGCUGGUUUGGACUUGUUUAGCUUUCGUCGCAUUUUUUUCGGAACCCCAGACUUUCAUGAGAGUAACAAGUCACCUGGGGCAGGUGAUUUGUCGAUGGUAUUCCUGCCGUACGACCUGGCUAAGCUCUUUUUGUCGCGAUAUCUCUCCAGCCUUUAUCAUCUGAUGCCAUAUCGUCCUAAGCUAUAUUAUGAGCGAUGUCUGGACCGAAUGUACAACUCUUCACCUACAGACCAUCUAGAUGCUCUGACCCAAGCAAUCAUUCUCCUUUGCUUGGCAAGCGCGGCACUUGGCACGCAUCAUUUUGCCUGGGGUGAUGUGCUGUUCGAGCGUGUCAAGUCUUCAUUGACCGUAUUUGAUGAUGUGAACGAACAAGGCCGGCCUAACUCGACAUUCUUGCAUGUGGGUUCUGCUUGUCGCAAAGCCUUAUCAGCAGGUCUGCAUAAAGACGUUCCCCAUGAUGUUGACCAAACCCCGGAAAGCAUUGAAGAACGAAGGAUAACCUUCUGGUCUCUUUACACCUACGAAACCUGGUUCUGCUUUCAUGCGGGACGUCCCAGCUCCCUCUCCCUAAAAGAUGCCGCAAUCGAAUAUCCGCAGGACCCAUUUAUUCGACUGUUGAUCCAACUUUGCAAAACCGUCACCCGGUCUGUUGAUGAGAUAUAUGGCCAGCGCCAUGAAUCUCUUCUCCAUAUGUGGAGAGUCGCUAGAUCCAUUGCAGACGAGAUCCGUGGUCUUGAAGCACAUAUGCAACAAGCUUUGGGCUUUGGUCUUGAUGCUAGCACCCAAAUAGGAUCCCUUGGUGUUCGGCAAAUAAUCUUCCUUACUUUAUACAACCAUACCCUUCUUCUCACAUUUCGCCCGUUUUUGAUAUUUCGUGGCCAUUGGCAGCGACGCGAGAGGAAUAUGUCAAUCAACCACUCUAGCGCCAGUGUCAAAAAUCGACCCAGAGAAACGCCUUCCUGGCUCAACGAAGCCUGCAAUCAUGCCACCUCUGCUGCUCAAAAAACUCUCCAUUCUCUAUGCGAAGGUUCAAGAGUCAAUGAUCUUGUUUUGGAAUUGCGAUACCACGGGUAUUUUUUCGGCAAUUCUAUAUUUACUCUCAUCUACGAGUUUCUCCACAACCCCGAUGUUGCGCCUGUCUAUCUGCCAUGGGUUUAUGCUUCAUUACAAACGUUGUCAAGCAUGCGACCCGGGGACCCGAUCUCGAGCACUAUUUCAGCUGUGCAGACUGUGCUUCGCAAACUAAAUCCAUCGUACGAAUGGUUACCUCCAUUAGCAACAACUGAGGAUCACAUUGGGCCACUAGGAGAGACAGCCAUACAGCAAGGCCUCAUCCCCGACCACAGACAUCCAUUAAUGCUUAAUAACCCUGCAAUUCCCCAGAACUCGUCACUGGGAAUGCGGCCUGACAUACUGACGUCUCCUUGGAACCUUCCCCAGGUGGAGACACUAGAAAAUUCGGAAACCGGGGGCUCUAUAGCCUCGGGGGAUGACUUGCUUGAUUUCACUCAGUCUGACAUGGGCUGGGAUUUCGAUUUUUCUACUAUGGACCUGGAAGCAUUCUUUUCAGUUUACCAGUCAAAUGAUGCUCCGGCCUUUUGA